CUUUGUUUAGCAUUUGAUGAAAAACAAGGACAAAAUGAUGCACCAAUUACAAGUUGCUAUCUCAAGUUCAGAAAGAAUUCUGAUCAGAAAAUCUCUAGAUUUUUAGUUAGUGUCUUUUUUCUAAAGUGAAUUAUCAUCAUUAUAUUUCACAUCUAUAUAUAUUUUUCAUGUUCCAUGGCUAUUCCUCGAACUUUGUAAAGUUAGGUCAUAAAACUCAAACCACUCAACUUAUUCAAAUUCUCCUUGUGCAUUUGUCAAAUAGCUUUUUUUCAGUGAUUUCUACCAGGAUGUCUCACCACAGCUUAAAAUCCACGAGUCAUGGAUACUGCGAAGCUAUCUUCUCAACAUCACCGAGGAAUUCUAACAAGGAGAACACUAGUCCGGUGAUAAAAACAAAGAAAAAUUUAUAUCCUCAUGAUCCAUCUACUUCAACAAAGAACCAAAGUACGAAUAAGAAGCAAUGUCCUCUACAAAAGGUGUCAUCGAAACUUGAAGUGGCAGAAACCUUAGGGCCCCCAAGGAAAUCCGACAUAGAAUUAUGUCCAAAACCUACAAAUCUAGCCAAACAGGAGAGUUUGGCAAUCUCUAAUAAUGCUACAUCUAAAGAAAAGAAUCUAAAGACACCAAUCAAAUCAAAAUUUAUCAGUGGUUCAUCUAAUGACAAAACAUCUGUUAUACAGUUUUAUACUCCCAAACACUCAAGAAUAACGAAUACGUCUAGUGCCAAUAAUAAAUUCAAUGUUUUACCUGCGAGAACACCUAUGAAACGUUACUUCAGUGAUCAUGCUCUGUCACAGAGUACCCCAGACUAUUUUAAUGCAGUUCAUUUGGAAACUCCAUCCCAAAAAAUUGAUGAUAUAGUAGUUGGAGAACAGACAAUGUAUGAGGGUGAAAGUAGUAAUCUCACAGUUGGUAUACGUAUUAGACCCUUGAAUGCCAAAGAAUUAAAUGAUCCUAAAGUUACGACGGUUGUACAAGGGAAUGGUCAGAACGUCAUUGUGGAAUGUGAAUCUGCACAUCACACUUUCAUGUAUGACCAUUGCUUUGUUUCUCACGAUGAUCCAUUGAUACCUGGUCAUGCUAGCCAAGAGAUUGUUUUUCGUAAUAUGGUAUUACCCUUGGUGCAAAAUGCUUUCGAGGGUUACAAUGUCUGUUUAUUUGCGUAUGGGCAGACCGGAUCUGGAAAAAGUUACAGUUUAAUGGGCACAGAAACCGUGCAAUUAAACACGAUGCCAUUCGACGAGAAAGUCGGUAUUAUACCGAGAUUUUGCCAGGAAAUAUUUACACAAGCGCGUGACAAUACGCAAGUAGAAACUACUGUAGAAAUUAGUUAUUUCGAAAUAUAUAACGAAAAGAUACACGAUCUCUUGGCGAAUACAAAUAAUGGAUCGAGAAAGGCUCCUCUCAAAGUGAGGGAACAUCCAGUCUUUGGCCCCUACGUUGUAGAUUUAAGCCAGCAUUGUGUACAAAAUUACAAGGACUUGCAGGCUUGGCUUAAAGUGGGCAACUCACAGAGAGCUACCGCUGCGACUGGUAUGAACGAGAAGAGUUCACGAUCUCAUAGCAUUUUUAGUAUUAUAUUAACUCAGACGCGUUUGGACAAUCAAUUGGAUUGCGAGCCACUCGAUGCUAAUCGUCGUAGUAAAAUCAAUUUGGUUGACUUAGCUGGUAGUGAGCGAUUGAGCCAAACUUCUGCUACCGGGGACAGAUUAAGGGAAGGUGUAUCUAUUAAUAAGUCUUUACUCACUUUGGGAAAGGUAAUCGCCUCACUCACAGAGAAUACAAACAAUCGUAAGCAAGGUUUUGUACCGUACCGUGAAUCAGUGUUAACAUGGCUGUUAAAAGAAAGCCUGGGAGGAAAUUCACGUACGGCAAUGCUGGGCACGGUAUCACCGGCAAAUAUUCACGUGGAGGAGACUUUGGCGACUCUUCGAUAUGCUUGCCAGGCUCGAGCUAUAGUUAAUCGAAUCCGAAUCAAUGAAGAUCCGCACGAUCGGUUAAUUCGCGAAUUAAAGGCCGAAGUAUUACGUUUGCGUGGAGUCCGCGAGGGAUAUGAGAAGCAGCUUGGAGUUAUACCUCGCCGAUUGCUCGAUUGCAUCGAGCCGAUUCACCAGCCCGAUGGGGAAGUUAAAAAGCAGAAGGAAAUUGAUAAACUGAAAGAUCGAUUGAAGAAGACGGAGGAGCAAUUGGCUGCCACUCAAAUGAGUUGGCGCGAAAAGUUCGAGAGAGCUGAAGAGAAAAAAAGCUCGGAGCUCAAAUAUUUGCGUCGUUGCGGAAUCGCCAUCGAGAUUGAUUUCCAAGAGAGAGAUAAGCAACCUUGUCUCGUAAAUCUCGCGGCCGAUCCUAUGUUAUCCGGUACACUUUUGUAUCUCAUACCUCCAGGUUUGGUUCGUAUCGGUAAGAAUAGCAGACCUGAAGCUACUUCCAAGAAUCUGGAUAUUAUAUUGGAUGGACCUCUCGUUAGGGAAUUGCACUGCUCUAUUGAAAAUAACGAGGGAAAAUUAAUUUUGACACCUGAAAUGGGCGGAGAUACGUAUGUCAAUGGGCAGAUAGUAACUGGGAAAAUUGUGCUCAAACACGGUGAUCGUUUAGUCAUCGGUGGUAAUCACUAUUUCAAAGUCCUAAAUCCGUAUGAUGAACCUUGCAAUGUCAAGCUUUCUACACAAGCGAUAGAUUUUGAAUUUGCACAUCAGGAAAUUCUCCGAAUACAGGAAGAAAAAUUAAGAGCCGAACUGGAGGAGUCAAAACAAAAAGCAAUAAAAGAAUUAGAAAAUGCUAAACGUGAGGUGGAAUUACAACUCGGUUCACAAAAAUCGACGUACGAACAGAAGAUCGAGGUUCUCGGUUUCACCCUAGAAGAACAAAAGCACGCGCUCGAACAAAUUAAUCGUAGAAAGAAGGAACUAGAAUUGGAAAAGGAGUUACUCGUUACGGAAGUAGAGACCAACAAUAAGAUCAAAAAAAUACAACUGGAACAAAGUCACGCAAGAUUGUCGCCAUACAAAUCAAAUUUUCUGCAGGAACUCGAGAAUAUUUUGAACGAAAAAACUGCGGAUAUUGAGAAUGUACUAAAGACAAAGUUUAAUGAGGAUGUGAUAACUGCUGGUGGAAUCAGUCUACACGAAAUGCAGAUACUCGUCAAAGAAGCGACCCAGCGAUGUAAAGAAGCCGGAUUUAAUUAUGAAUUUGAUCAACAGCAAACAGUAUUGAAGAAGAAAUUGCGACCAGUGAUUCGCAUUCGUAAUAAAAAGCUUAUAAUGGAAACUUUGUGGCAAUCGAUGGACUUUAUAGAUUGGAUUUAUCGCUUGAGAAACUGCGAUAUAGAGGACUCAAUAAAGGAGCUACAGAAUUUUGAUUGUGAUUGGGAACCUUAUGAUGAAACAGAAAUAUUUGAAGAUUCUUUAAACAGCAGCAGGAUCUCGAUAAACAUAACUCCUGUGAAAAGACAAUUGAUAAACGAGAGUGUCCAUCAAGUUUCCAUGGAUUCAUCGAUGCUAGAAGCAACUCUAAACCAGACGUCCAUAAUACAUGAUCAGCAAGAGGACGUAAAUGCAUGUCUCACUCAAAUCGAAGUCGCCGCAAAGACUUUAAAUAAACUGUGCCAUCGAUCUCAAAAUCAUGACACUAAACCGAUUGUCGAAUCGUUGACUAGAUUACACGAUAUUAUUGAAUCUCUAAAAACCAUCUUCCAAAGUAAAGAUUCGAGUGAAUGCGAGGACAUUAGUGCAAGUUCGAUAAACAGUGCUAAUAAUACUGUUAUCGACAUGUCGAACGAUAUAAAAAAUCUUUUUAAUAAGGAUAUAAAUGAAUGCAAAGAAAGAAGUACAAAUUUGAUAGAUAAUACCAGUAGUAAUAAUGUGAAUAAAUUAACAAUAGAAGAUGAUAUUGAAAAUUGCUUAAAACGUGACAUGUCACCGAAGAAAUCUAAUAUGAAGAAUAACGCUGUACAAGAUACAAAAGCUGAAAAUACACAAAAGAAUGUCAGAUUUAUUGAUAAAACUAAAUAAAUUCGAUAAAAUAAAAU